AUGGAUCUGCUGAAAGGAUACGCUCAAAGUGAUGAAGAAAUAUCGGAUGACGAUAAUUCAGCACAGUCAUUUUCCGUGCAAAACUGUAAAUCGCUAGCUAUCCCGAGUGAACUACCCGUUGCUCCUGAAGUGGUUACGAAAAGCAUUCUGCAACAAAUAGCGAUUGUGGAUCCAAGGACAAAAGAACUGAAAACGAAUCCGAGAUAUGAACAGCUUUUUCAGCCGGAGGCCGGACCGAGUAAUCCAUUCAAAAGCGAAAAUCAGAGAGCUCAGAAGAAUGUCCUCACCGGAUUCGUAGAGCCGGCUCAUUUCAACGAUUUUCAUUUCACUCGGGAACUGCGUAGUUUUGACACACUUGGCUACGCUCGAAACCCUACCGCCGAAUUGAGUAAUGAAUAUAUUGGAAACAAGGAGGCUGCUAUUGAAAAUCAAGGUGCAUCAUUAUUUGAAUCGACGAAAACUGGUGGAGAAAAGCGGAAGCGACAGGCUAACUUUGAUCCAUCCGAUGUUGAAGGAUACACAGGACCGUGGGCCAAAUACUGCGAUGAGAAAACGAUAGCUAAACCAGACCCUGAACUGCAAAAGGAAAUGGAUGAGAUAACCAGGAAGGUUGGUCUUUUAGUUACGGACUUUUUUGGUCUCCGUGGAAUGACUUUAUUCAAGCGACAAGCUAACAGCCGACGAUUCAAACGAAAGCAACAGCAGCAACAGGGUGACAACGCUGAAGAGUCUUCUGUCUUGCAUUUGAAAGAAGCUCAAGACUAUCAGGGUCGUUCAUUCCUGGUGCCACCUGCAUUUACUGGUGUCAACUUGCGAGCAGAUGCCGCCCCAGAAAAGUAA